AUGGAGCCCGAAGAUUUGUUUCUGCUUGAGCAAGGACCCGCAUCUUUCUCACUGACAAUAAUGAUGCUGAUCAAAUCAGAAUCAGAACCACCGCCAGAAACUCUGGUCUUCAAGAAAUGGCGUGAGCAAUUCCAUGUUGUGUACGUAUCAGACAAGCUUUGGACAUCGGACAAAAUGCUGCUUGAAGAGAAGGAGAAGUCCGGUUUCUUGCAACCAGUGCUGACAACACUGGGAAUUGAAUCGUUGAAGAAUGUUGCUUCGUCAUGUUGCUAUGUCCUACAAAGGGACAGUGAAUCAGGAUGGUGGAUCAUGUGGUUGGCAGUGAUGAGCUCCAAAAGUGAAAAGGUCGAACUGACUUUGCUUUUUCCACAGAGCAAAACAAAGGCUGCCUUUUGGACGGAAGGGAUGCACAGCUACGUCCUCUCCGACUGGGAUCUCUGCUUGGGUGAUUCUAAUUCCACUUAUGAUUCAUGGGCCCGCCAUGCCAACAUCAUCACUGAACUCGACAACGUGAAAAAGACUGAAUGA